CGCGCUCCGGAAGUGAAGCGGCCAGACCACCCGCUAAUGGAUGCGGAGCGCAGGGCCUGCUGACCGCUUUCCGCGCCAGGGUAGAGAUCACCUUUGGAAAAAGCUGCUGGCCAAAGGGCAGCUUGGCUUGGCUGGAACUAAGAAGGACCCAGACACACCAUUGUGUGGAGAUGGGUGACACCUUCCUUUUCUAGAAGCUACUACAUAAGCUUGUGACUCUUAUGAACAACCGGAACACAUACACAGGAGUCCAAGCCACCUUGCUGGGACACUUCUCUUCGGGAUCACUGGGUGCCCAAGUGAAGACCUUUCCCAGUGGCUAGCGAGAGCAGCUCUUGCAGGUGGCUGGGGCCAUUGGAGAAAGGUCAACACCACCACGUGGCCGCUAGAGUCCGGGAGAGAGCCACAGCAGCCCCUGGAUAGCAGAGCCACAGGGAGUGGCGCUGGCAUUACCAAGAUACCCAACCAGGCAUCUUGGCUCAGGUCUAGAGACAGAACUGGCAGUGCUGUGUUCUUACCACUACACGAGUAAGGGUUAUUGGUCCCCAAGACUUGGGGACUGCUGGGAGAGUGGCCUAGGACCCAUUCACGGGGGAAGUAGAAGUUCAGGAGCUCAUCCAGGAUAUUCUGAGUUCUACUGCAGUGCGUAUCUGCACCACAAAGGAGUUGGUAGCCCUAGAGUUAGAGCAAGUGAAUACCGGCACCAUGGCACUGGCCCUGUUGGAGGACUGGUGCAGGAUCAUGAGCGUGGAUGAACAGAAGUCACUGAUGGUUAUGGGGAUACCAGUGGACUGUAAUGAGGCUGAGAUUCAGGAGGUCCUCCAGGAGACUUUGAAGUCUCUGGGCAGGUAUAGACUGCUUGGCAAAAUAUUCAGGAAGCAGGAGAAUGCCAAUGCGGUCUUACUAGAGCUUAUGGAAGAUACUGACGUCUCGGUGAUCCCCAAUGAGGUUCAGGGAAAGGGGGGGAUCUGGAAAGUAGUCUUCAAGACCCCUAACCAAGACACGGAAUUUCUUGAACGACUGAACCUAUUUCUGGAAAAAGAGGGACAGACAGUCUCGGGGAUGUUCCGAGCCCUCGGGCAUGAGGGAGUGUCCCCGGCCACCGCGCCCUGCGUAUCACCAGAGUUAUUGGCGCAUUGGUUGGGACAGGCGAUGGCACAUGCCCCGCAGCCUCUGCUGCCCAUGAGAUACCGGAAACUGAGAGUGUUCUCAGGGAGUGCCGUGCCUGCUCCCGAGGAAGAGCCCUUUGAAAUCUGGUUGGAACAAGCCACUGAGAUCGUCAAAGAGUGGCCGGUAGCGGAGGCAGAAAAGAAAAGGUGGUUGAUGGAAAGCCUGCGCGGCCCUGCCCUGGACCUCAUGCACAUAGUGCAGGCAGACAAUGCGGCCAUCAGCGUGGAAGAGUGUUUGGAGGCAUUUAAGCAAGUGUUCGGAAGCCUGGAGAGCCGCAGGACCUCCCAGGUGAAGUACCUGAAGACCUAUCAGGAGGAGGGGGAGAAGGUCUCAGCCUACGUGUUGCGGCUAGAAACCCUGCUCCGGCGAGCGGUGGAGAAAAGAGCCAUCCCCAGGAAUAUCGCAGACCAGGUACGCCUGGAGCAGGUGAUGGCGGGAGCCAACCUCAGUGAGGUCCUUUGGUGCAGGCUGAGGGAGCUGAAGGAUCAGGGCCCGCCUCCCAGCUUUCUUGAGCUAAUGAAGGUAAUCCGGGAGGAAGAGGAGGAAGAGGCCUCUUUUGAAACCGAGAAUACUGAAGAGCCCAAUGAAGGGGAUGGCUAUGGCCGCUGGGAUCACGAGGCAGAGGACUAAAACUCAGCUCAGCACAGGAUCCACGGCCAGCGCGCCUAGGGACAUUUGCUUUAUCCGGCUGAUACCAGGCUGAGUCGCUCUUUUUGUCGUUGAAUGUAUGCAACUGAAAUCGAGGCUUGGAGCCAGGUCUUAAUGCUUCCCUCUCAGAAAAAAAUUAUCCGAGGGUUUCUUGGACCCUGCAUGGAUGAUGAGAAGAAACACCAGAUUCAAUUCCAAAUAUGAACUAGGAAGCCGAAGGACUCUGAGGCACUUGAGGUCUCCCAAAUAGACCAAAGUUUACCCCUACCGUAGAAAAAAAGAAAUGACAUGA